AUGCGGUCUUGUGGCACCCUGUUGCAGGUCGAUGUCAAGUUGAUUAAUCAACAUCGGACAUUUCUAAAGCGAAUCCCUGUUCUGCCCACGAAGCUACACACGACCAUAUCCACUGGCGAAUGUCUUGCUGAGAUUCAACUCUCCAUUAGCUCAACAAGUCACAGCAUUUCUUCGACAGCGAUUUGGAGAUGGGAACUGGCCACUUUCCGACCUGCCCAAUCCCUCACCAUAGACAGUUACAUGCAGGAUUGUCAACUGGGCAUUGGUGGGGAAAUCUGCACCCUGUCUAGUUCUUUCAAACAGCCUCCCGUUGGACUCCCUGGCAUCUCAAAACUAAUCACCAACGCAAUUCCCGCGUUGGAUCCAGCGAGCCUUCCUCACUUUGACUGCAGCAGAAAAAAUGCGGAACCCGUGUUCUCAGCUUUCGCUCCAAAACUGAUGAUUCCAAACAACAAGGGCAUCAAGGUAUGCAGAAGCAUUGACCCCCGGCACACUGGGGGCAUCACCGCCAUCGAUAUAGCUUGCACCGGCGAGUCGACGGCGUCAACCACCUGUCGACAACCAAAAGCAUGUAGUCGCAACGCGGCCACAAUCACUUCGGGGAUGGCCACGGUGCUUCGGCACCGCAAGUGUCCACCUCACUGCCACACCGUAUUCCUUGACAUGAAUUUCGUGCAAUUCACCAGCGUGAACAGUCACUGA